UGUUUCCAAGGGUGGGAGAGGUCUGAGGUGUGAAUGAUGAUUAACAUAUCUUUUGUUUCCAAGGGUGGGAGAGGUCUGAGGUGUGAAUUGUUCAUUAACAUAUCUUUUGUUUCCAAGGGUGGGAGAGGUCUGGGGUGUGACUGGUCAUUAACAUAUCUGUUGUUUCCAAGGGUGGGAGAGGUCUGAGGUGUGAACGGUCAUUAACAUAUCUUUUGUUUCCAAGGGUGAGAGAGGUCUGAGGUGUGAAUGGUCAUUAACAUAUCUUUUGUUUCCAAGGGUGGGAGAGGUCUGAGGUGUGAA